CCACUCAAUACGCGCAACAAUACUGCUAAAGUAAAAGUAUCUGAACUUGCAGACCUUGACAUUAGCGUUGAAACUCAUGUAAAGCGUCCAGUCGCGGACCUUAACCAGCUUACUAUGUUCCACCUGAAUGUGUGUGUUCAAGAGCUACUUUAUGGCGAGCCCACAAACCAUAGUAAAUGUUGAUUAGGACUCCUGACCGGAAACCAGCCAGAAGUACAUUUUACUCGUUCAGGUUUUAUGAACGGAAUGCAUUCAAAAGAAUUUAUGCAGACACCUCCGUCUACACCAGUUGGAGUUCGGGAGUGCGGGGCCUUUGAAGAUGAGCAACAGGCUCCUUGUCCUUCUGGACGACCAAUUGACCACUACACGCCGCCAGAGCACAAGCUCAGCAAGAGAGAGCUGGCUAACCGGCUUAUCUACGCUGAAGCUAAGCGAUGGUCCCUGGCGCAUAAAAGGGUGCCGGCACCGCUGCCCCUACCGCUCGGCACGGAGCGUUGCAUUCGGCAGUGGUUCCAACUGGUGGACGAUAAUGGAUCGGGACGUCUGGAUGCCCAAGAGCUGGAGUUUGCCCUCCAGGCAUCGGGCAUUCCAGCGGACACUGAGGCCAUCAAGGAAAUCAUCCAAAUGUUUGACUUUGACCACGACGGAGAGAUCAACUGGCGCGAGUUCCACCACUUCCUCGUGAACGAGAUGAUGGCGGACCGGGACCCGCUGGGACCCGACUACCUGCUGCCAUCGGGCACGUCCUUACCGUUUGGCAGUAUGAUUGGAGUCAUCCGGCGGCGCAAGAUGCUGAGCGAUGUGGAGCGGGGCGGCAUAGCGCGGAGCUUCUGGGUCGUGCAGGGACCGGACUUCCUGCGGGGCCUGCUGGGGGCUGAGAGCUACGCCCUGCAGCGGGACGAAAACGGUCGCGACCUGAUGCAGCGCAUCCAGGAGAUCAAGCCGCCCACCAGCUGGGAGGCGAGUCCGGAGGCGCUCGAGGAGCACAAGAAGCGCAUUGAUCGACUGAAGCUCUUCCUGGAGAGGACCUCUAGCUGCGGAGGAGGAGACUCGGAGGAGGAGGAGGAGGAUGACGAGGGGUCGGACGACCAACGGCGCUCGAGGAGUGGCGGUCGGUGCUCUGUUACUGGGGGCGGCAGUGGAAAGACCCAUGGGUCGGUUUGCGGGUCGCGGCGGAGCAGCAUGGCGGGAGGGCCUGCUAGUACGACUCAGCGCCGCCGGCGGAGUAGCAGCGUCACUGGAGAG